AUGUGGCGCUUCACUAGAUGGCCCCAUGCAUUGCAACUGAGACUCAUGUUGGGUGGAGCACGCCAGUAUGCCACACAUGUGAAAAACUACUUCGAGCUAUACCCAAGAACUUUUCCAAAUGGAGGACCGCCGAAGGACUCAUUCAUCAUCAACGAGAGACAAUUGAGACGGGAGCAUCGGGGCCUCCAGAGUGAAAACCAUCCAGACAUCAUUGUAGGGUCUGCAUCAAUACAAAAUAGCAAUGGUGAAAAGGCCACAAGCGACAAUCAGAUCUCCUCGCUUCUAAAUAGUGCUUACUCAACCAUCAGAAAUCCUUAUACUAGAGCAGCUUAUCUCGUCAGAACUCAACAUCCAGAAAAACUUGAUAUCACACAAGAUGAGGUUUCGAAAGAGCUUAUCGCUAAAUUCCAGGAGCAGUCUUCUGAGUACUCAUUAGACUAUAAGAUGCUUCUCAUGACAGUGCUUGAAGCACACGAAUCACUUGAGAUGGCUGCUACCGAGGCUGAUUUGGAGCCAUUAUCUGCUGAGAACGAUGAGAGGAUUAGAGAAAGCGAGGAAAAAUUGGACAAGUUGUUCAGGACGGAGCCGAUUCAUUGGAAUGCCAUUUUGAUAGAGACCAUCAGAUUGAAGUACUGGAUGAACAUCGCAAAUGGCAUCAAAGAGUGGGAGCCAGGUAAGCCUGUUCUAUUGACGCACUGA